AUGGUGCAUUUCUAACUCGGAGGAGCUCACGGAGCCUUACAGCAGUCCAAAUGGGCUUCAUGAAGUGACAGGGUAGAAAAGCCACAGACCUGGGCCAGCAGGGAGUAGGGUGAUGUCUUUCUCAGGGGGGUAACUUGAAUGGAAUGAGGAAGACAGAUACAGAAGAAACUGCCAACUGUACUCCUCCAACAAUCAGGAUUUAAGAUACUCUGCUCUUCUGCAACGAGAGACUGGUAAGGUCAGGGUGAAGUCUCACGACAUGGACACAAGUGUACAGAGGAACUCAUGCUGACUCCAUCGCUGGUCUCAGUCUCCCUGACAUGUGAGAUCUUCAUUUCAAAGCUACAAAAGUCAUGGAGUCCUCGAAGCUUGCUGAGGAGAAGCCGGUCACAUUUCUGUGUCCUGUGUCUGCUCUCUUUUACAGAAACGUGCAGUGAAGAUCUGAGAAACAAUCUGGAAGAUGUGUUUCCAGCUUUUUCUGAUAAAUUCUAACAAUAUGAACAUUUUUAGGUUCAUGAUUACAAUUAGUUAUGUGUAAAUUUUACCUUUUUUGUCUCCAACAUUUUUGGUUAUUAUUUUCAGUUAGCACGUGUGGAUUUCUGUCAAUUAUAAGUCAGCAUAGGCAGUAGGUUGUUAUGGUUUAUAGUAGCAUAAGAUUCAUGGUGUAACCGAGGCCAUAGAAAAGGCUCUUCGGGUGUGUCCUGAGACAGUAGGUUAGAGUUGAGCACAGAAUUAGUUACGUCAUUAUUUCUGAAAAAAUCAGAGUUUAAAAGAGAGAAUUAUUGAAUGAUAAAAACAGUGUUUCUUUUAUUCUGUGUUGAGGGUCCUUUGAGUCUUCCUCAACCCAAAGGGAAGAAAUGAUCACAUCUUUUACUGUGAAGACCCCCACAGAUGGUUUCUGUCUAAAAGUGGAUUGAGUAUCAUAGAAUUUAAUUACUAUCAUUGAGUACCUGAGAGAAACAAUAAAGACCCAAGAGUGAAUGAUGCAGAUUGCUGAUAAUAGGUUAAAAUUGGAAAUUGCUAAAUUCUUGAAUUUCUAAAUGAUGUCACACUUCGCAAGUUCUUUCUUAAACUGAACACUACAAACAGGCAUUCCUUUCCUAAUGAUGUCUUUAUGAGUAAAAUGUUGAAUCAUACAAUGAACACAAAUUAAAAAGUUUAAAAAAACCGUGGGAGGAGCAUGGCCGUAUAAAACCAGUCAUUACCUCGUCCUCAGCAUGCCAGCUUUCCAAGGAGCAUCGCCUGCCUGCCAGCUGCUCACAGGAUUAGAAGACUGAAACAAUGGAAGAGCUUUCCAUGGCCAACACUGUGUUUGCCCUCAAUAUCCUCAAGCACAUAGAACAAACAAACUCAGCCCAGAAUAUCUUUUUCUCCCCAUGGAGCAUCUCAUCCACCUUGGCGAUGGUUUUCCUCGGCGCCAGGGGCAACACUGAACACCAGAUGGCCAAAGUGCUGCAAUUUAACAAAGUUACUGGCUAUGACAUCACUAUGAGAACCCCAGAGAACGUCAGAGGCCUUGAUUGCACACAGCAAAUACAGAAGGAAAAUUAUCCUGAUGCUAUUUUACAGGCACAAGCAAGAGAUAAAAUCCAUUCAUCCUUCAACUUGGUCAGCUCGGCAAUCAACACUUGCUCAGGAGAUUACUUACUGGAAAGUGCCAAUAAGCUGUUUGGAGAGAAAUCUGCUAGAUUCAAGGAAGAAUACAUACAACUCUGUAAGAAAUAUUACUCUACAGAACCAGAGGCAGUAGACUUCCUUAAAUAUGCUGAAGAAGCUAGAAAAAAGAUAAAUUCCUGGGUCAAGACCCAAACCAAAGGUGAAAUCUCAAACCUGUUACCUGAAGGUUCUAUAGAUGAAGACACCAAGAUGGUACUGGUGAAUGCUGUCUACUUCAAAGGAAAGUGGAAAACUCCAUUUGCGAAGAAACUUAAUGAGCUUUAUCCUUUCCGUGUGAACCUGCGUGAGAGCAUACCUGUUCAGAUGAUGUACCUACGUGAAAAGCUGAACAUUGGAUACAUAAUGGACCUAAAGACUCAGAUUCUAGAGCUUCCAUAUGUUGGAGACAUCAGUAUGUUCCUGUUACUUCCUGAUGAGAUUGAGGAUACGUCCACUGGCUUGGAGUUGCUGGAAAGUGAAAUAAACUUUGAUAAAUUCAACCAAUGGAUGAGCAAAGAUGCAAUGGCAGAAGACGAUGUUGAGGUCUUUCUUCCCCAGUUCAAGCUAGAACAACAUUAUGAACUCAAGCCUAUUCUGAGGAGCAUGGGCAUGGAGGAUGCCUUCAGUAAGAGCAAGGCCAACUUCUCAGCAAUGUCCCAGAUGAACGACCUUUUUCUGUCUGAGGUGUUCCAUCAAGCCACAGUGGAUGUCAAUGAGGAAGGCACUGUAGCAGCUGGUGGCACUGGUGCGGUUAUGACAGGGAGAACUGGUCACGGAGGCCCACAGUUCGUGACAGAUCAUCCCUUUCUUUUCUUUAUCAUUAACAAAACUACCAAUGCGAUACUGUUUUGUGGUAGAUUCUCCUCACCCUAAAAUAGGGAAAACCUUAUUUAUACAUUUUAUUUUUAUAGCCUUAGCUAUAAGCCACAGGAUUGCUUCUGCAAGUGCCAACUGAAGACUUUUCUACAUACACAUUUUUGUACUUCUGAUUGAUAUACACUAAAUAUAAACUCAGAAACAAUUGCACAGCUCUCAACAAUACUUAUAGAAAAUCUACUAAUUAUUGUUUUCUAAAGCCAUAUGAUAUCCAUUUAGUUCAUCUUCAUUCUUUCUUUGUCUUUAUAGCUUUGGUUUUUUACAGUAUUAUUUAUUAUUUGUAUAAUGGUAGCUUUACAAAUGAUUGUCCUCUGUAUAAUAAAAUUGUAACACUCAAGAAGCAGGUAAUCAGAGAAUUUUUGUAUCUAAAAAAGACAAGCAUUUGAUCUAAUAAUGAAAGAACAAUAUGAAUCCUUAUGUGCUCUCCCGUAAUAAUCACCCAAACAAAAACACAAUAAAAGGCAAUAGCAUGCUACAUUUCUGUCACUGUAUUACAUAUGUAUGUAUCUGUAACUCACUUGUAACUGGAAAUCCGCAGUAACUGAAGUAAGGCAGCUCACUUACUCACAAGUGUUUGCUGCUCUCGGUUAGGUCCGCACCGCACAGCUGUCAGUCCUCGUUUGUCUUCGCUCCGUCACUGUAAGAAAAUACCACAGAUAAUAAAGUUGAAAGAUUUUUUUCUG